GAUUGCGAUGAAGCCAGAUUGACUAUCUCAAAACUCCAAGUCUCAAACCCCUUUGAGAAUAUCUCUUAACCUGACCCUACAGUCGAACGUCCACUGCCCGCCACAUCGUCGCCCUUCUUCUCACUACGACGCGAGAACGAGACCAUGGAUACCAUUAUCGAUCUCUCGGAUGCCUCCAAGGCAUUGGAUCUCAACAAUAUCCGCUUCCAGCUGAUCCGUUUAGAAGACACAAUCACCUUCCACCUCAUCGAACGCGUCCAGUUCCCGCUCAACAAAUCCAUCUACAUCCCUGGUGCGGUACACAUAGAGCCAGUCGAAGGCUCGGGCCUAAGCUUCAUGGACUGGUACCUUCGCGAGCAAGAGAAGUUACAAUCGCUGAUCCGCCGCUUCGAAUCCCCCGACGAGUAUGCCUUCUUCCCGGACGCCCUGCCCAAGCCGAUACUGAAGCCGCUGAACUACCCCCGAAUCCUGCACGACAACACCGUCGUAGUCAACGAUAAGAUCAAGGCGUUCUUCAUCAACGAGUUUCUGCCGGCCGUCUGCCCCGACUUUGGGCGCGAAGACCGCGGCGAAUCGGCCGAGAACUACGGCUCGGCCGCGACUUGCGAUAUUGCCUGCCUCCAGGCCCUGUCGCGAAGAAUCCACUUUGGCAAGUUCGUGGCUGAGAGCAAGUUUAGGUCGGAUCCGGAGAAGUACACCAAACUGAUCAAGGCUGGGGACCGUGAGGGGAUUGCCGCCGCCAUUACGAACACUGCGGUCGAGGAACAGGUGCUGAAGAGACUGGCCUUGAAGGUACAAACGUACGGCACCGAUCCUUCGAUGAAUGGAUCCUCCGAGAACGCGGGCAAAAUCAACGUGGAAAAGGUGGUCUCCAUGUACAAGGACUUUGUAAUCCCGAUAACGAAAGAGGUGGAGGUCGAAUACCUUAUGCAACGGUUGAGUUAAGUGUCUACACCGCAUGUAAACGGUAAAUCUAAGGAAGCAGUGAAGUGGUACUAAGGGGGGUUGUUGCUUGUGGCAGUUGGCGCCUCCAUGGAAAGUCGGAAAGGGUCCAAAGAUGGUCGUGAUACCUUUCGCUCUUGAUGGGAUUGGACUGGUAGCCCAAGCCGCGGAGAAACCAUCAAGUGGCAAUCCAACACUGUUCCGCUCAGUGCGCCGUCAUUUUGUCAUUCGCCUGAGUCCAG